UUGACUUUUAUCAGGCUACUUAUCCAGGCUACGUUUGCCGAUAUAGGCCUUGUCAGCCCUACAGAUGUGGAACUUGCAGCCCAAACCAAAACUUAUUGUUUAAUCAAGCAACAACUUGUGCUUGGAUCCUUUUACACAUCAUUCUGACAAUUCUCCCUGUGCAAGCGAUUGUCGAUCAAGUCCUAAUCUUUCUAUUAUCACAAUGUCCGAAGCUCAACCCCCUACAGUAGUCGAAGGUGCAACCACAGGCGAUGUAGAUGAUGAAAUCCCUCCAAUAGCCAAGUCGGCAGAAGAUCGGAAAGCAGCAGCUGCUCUUUCCUCCCUCGAUGCUCCUCGUGAAGAUGAUUCUACUGCUACAAAGGAGAUAGAUCAGGAGGCUGUGCGGAAAGCUAUGGAUAGGUUGGCAGGCGCCACAAAUGGAACCGUUGCAAAGAAGGGAGAUGAGAAAAAGGUUGUGAAGAAGAUAGUGAAGGUUGAAGCUGCUGAUGUUAAUUUAUUGGUAUGUUGAUCCUAUUAUACGGGGAUUUGACAUUGAGCACUGGUUUUGAGUUGAAUCCUUUUGUUUGAAAUAAAGUCUUUGUUCUUAGCUAUUAUCACUUCCACCCAAGACAAGCUUUUCUCUGUCCAUCACACCGUAUCUUUUCCUAUCCCAAUUUGUCGCUUUCUGGCUAUGCUACGUUGCUUGAUUUCGGUGUUCGAGGCUAAUUGAAUUGCUAUUGCAGGUUGACGAACUCGAACUGACAAAGAUCAAGGCCACAGAGUUAUUGAAGGCUCAUGAUGGUGAUGCUGUGAAAGCAUUAAAAGCAUAUAUUACUCCUGUGGCAUGAUAUAAGUGGAUGAUUAUAAAUAAUGGGCAAUCACGGACGAAGCAUAGCGUUGGAGUUGUAAAUUGAGCUAGACGGCUGUCAGUGAGCCUUCAAAAGUCUUCAUUCCAUGGUUGUUGAAUUUAGUUAUGGAUCCGACCGCAAACUAUGGCAUGGCAAACAUUUCUUAUUGUCCUUAAUGCUUCCUUAUACCUAGCUAUGCAGAUUUGACAAUUGUAGGAGCAUUCCCGUAUGCCAUUCUCGGAUCAUCGGUAUCCCGUACUUUGGUCGGCGAUCCAGAAUAGCACUACAGUAUCGUAGUCAUGUAGUGCGAGUGAGUACAAACUUUACCAGCUCCCCAGAUUCUGAUCGUUGUCAGACACUCCUUUCCGUGCAAUUCGAUCGUUUUGUGUUUCGUGGAUUGCGGAAAUGCGGAUCAAGAUAUUCAAGAGGCUCAAU